AUGGAGGAGCCGCGGCUGCCCGCCAACAUCAACCCCAACAACUUUCCGGCCAAGCUGUGGCAGCUGGUGAACAGCCCGCACUUCCACUCCAUCCGCUGGGACGCCCGCGGCGAGGGGCUGAUCAUCGACCAGCCGCUCUUCGAGCGCGAGGUGCUGGGCACGGGGCCAGUCAGCGACAGGGUGGUGGGAGCCACCGGCAUCUUCAAGAGCAAGAACUUCACCAGCCUCAUCCGACAGCUCAACCUCUAUGGCUUCCGCAGGCCGGAACAGGUGGGCAGCACGGCAGGGGGUGGUGAUGGUGGUGGCUCCCCCGGGCCCCUGCACCACUUCUGCAGCCCCCACUUUCGCCGCGACCAGCCCGACCUCCUCAUCCACGUGAAGCGCCUGACGAAGGCCAACAAGGCAAAGCUGGCAGCCGGCCUGGAGGUGAAAAGCCGCCCACCCAACAGCUUACAGCGGCUGCUCAGCACGUCGCUGCAUGGGGACCUGCUGCUGCCGCCCACGACUGCUGGACUGCUGACUGUAGGACAGUUUCAUCAACCUUAUCAUCAAGGCAGUUUCUUUCCUUACUCCUACAUAUCAACCUCAUCCCAGAACCAGAGCAUUUUACUGACAAAAAGUUUAGAUCAGACUCCAGUUUCUUCCACAACAUGGCAGGGUUCUCUUGGGUUGCUUCCAGGCCAUGAGGCUUCCCCAACUUUUCCAGAUAAAGAGGUUCCCUUUCCAGUACUCCGAAUGUUUCCAACAGAGGCCACAUACACACUCCUGCCUGUUGCCUCUCCUCUGCCACUUCAGCAAGGGUCUCAAACCAUGGCUACUUCUCUUCCAAACAACAGCAGCUACACAUCUUCAACGCAGUACUCACAAGCCUACUAUCCAACAGCUGCACUGCAGUGCCGUUCACCACCUCUCCACACAGAUGCCCUGACUGGCUGUGCCAGUCCUAUGGCUUUGAUGGACACCCACUGCAGCUUCUUCCAGGAGAAUACUGGUGUUAAAUGUGAAUCCAGUACAUCAGAGGCAGAAGAGAGACAAUUCACUUCAGGAACUGAGCUUGUGAACAAAUCUGUAGAAGAGACAGACUCAUCUCUAAAGCCUAGAUGCAGGAAAAGACACAGUUCACACAAGGGCAAGUUCGCUGAUUGCCAUCUGCUGGCAGAUACAGCUUGCAAGCAGGGGUUCUUUCUGAAGGAAGAAACAGGAGAGUGAGAAGUGGGUGACAAGUAUUUGAAAAUGUGCAGCAGCUGCCAG